AUAAUAUAUAAUGGCACUCUCAAGUGAUAAAGGAGCGAGAAAGGUGGAGGAAGGGGAGCACGAGAAGGGACAGUCACGUGACAGGAACGUGUCAGGAGGUUUGCAAACAGUUUUAGGCUGGAGUGGUUGACCAUUCGGUACACACCCAUGAUAGUGGGGACGUGCACUUUGUCUUUCAUCUGUCACAUGACCUUCCUCGUCAACGUCAUAAAACCAUCUCCAACGGUCUCGGCUUGAUAAUGAUUUCUCAUGAUGACCGCGUGCAACUAUAGGCUGAGCAGCAAUUCACAUCGCCAUAAAAUAAAAAAAUCAUAACAGCUCCACUAGUCCCAUCAUAAAUGGAGGGCCUUAUACGUGGAAAGAGAUGCAAACGCUUAUUUUUCAACAAACUCAGUUCAUAUUUCACUAUUAUAGCUUUCUGUAGUCUAUCUUCCAUCAGCCAGACUCUUGUUGUGUGCGUAGAUGCCAUUUUGAUGAGGAGGGCACGUGAUUCAGGUCGACGAUCACAGAUAGGCAUCGGACGUGCUCAACAGAAGGAAUGCGGGACUAAAUUUUUUUUUUCUGUCUCCGCUUGAGGGUGUGCCACCCGAAUACCACGGAACACGAUGAAGUGAUUUUUACCCUGGGUGUGGUGGGUGUGGUGGGUGAGGGUGCGGGAGGACGGCGCCAAGCACGAGGAGGUAUGAGGAACUGUCGCUCGACCUGUGACCUCGCUCACGCUACGUACCCGGAUUUGGACCUGGGGUGUGUGUGUGUGGCAGUGGCUGUCCGGUCAGCGGGUGGGGUCUAGGUAGGGGUCGGGGGUUGAAAGGAAUUGCUAUAUCAUGAGAACGUAGAUGGAGUCCGGGUGUUCGUGAAAGUGUUCAGUGCGGAUGCUCCACCUCCACCUUCUGGCUGAAUGAACUGCUUUUCUUGUGGGUUUCGAAAAAGAGGGUGCGGUGUUCCGCAAAGAAAAACCAUGACAUCUUUUCGACUCUUCGUCCUGCUGGGGAUAGUAAUUACAGGAACGUCGUCCACUUCUACAACACUUACUUCAUCAGAGGCAUCGUCAACAUCAACAGUAUCUAGUACUUCAGAAGCUCCUUCAACAUCAACAGUACCUAGUACUUCAGAAGCUCCUUCAACAUCCACAGUACCUAGUACUUCACAGGCAUCGUCAACAUCAAUAGUACCUAGCACUUCAGAAGCUUCCGUAACAUCAACAGUACCUACUACUUCAGACGCAUCAUCAACAUCAACAGUACCUAGUACUUCAGAGGCAUCAUCAACAUCAACAGUACCUAGUACUUCAGAGGCAUCAUCAACAUCAACAGUACCUAGUACUUCACAGGCAUCGUCAACAUCAAUAGUACCUAGCACUUCAGAAGCUUCCGUAACAUCAACAGUACCUAGUACUUCAGAGGCAUCAUCAACAUCAACAGUACCUAGUACUUACUAUACUUUACAGACAUCGUCAACAUCAACGCUACCUAGUACUUCAGAAGCUUCCUCAACAUCAACAGUACCUAGUACUUCAGAAGCAUCAUCAACAUCAACAGUACCUAGUACUUCAGAAGCAAUCUCAACAUCAACAGUACCUAGUACUUCACAGGCAUCGUCAACAUCAACGCUACCUAGCACUUCAGAAGCUUCCUCAACAUCAACAGUAACUAGUACUUCACAGGCAGUGUCAACAUCAAUAGUACCUAGUACUUCAGAAGCUUCCUCAACAUCAACAGUACCUAGUACUUCACAGGCAUCGUCAACAUCAACGCUACCUAGUACUUCAGAAGCUUCCUCAACAUCAACAGUACCUAGUACUUCAGAGGCAUCAUCAACAUCAACAGUACCUAGUACUUCAGAGGCAUCAUCAACAUCAACAGUACCUAGUACUUCACAGGCAUCGUCAACAUCAACGUACCUAGACUUCAGAAGCUUCCUCACAUCAACAGUACCUAGUACUUCAGAGGCAAUCACAUCAACAUACCUAGUACUUCAGAGGCAUCCUCAACAACAGUACCUAGUACUUCACACAUCGUCAACAUCAACAGUACUAACUUCACAGGCAUCCUCAACAUCAAACGCUACUAGUACUUCAGAAGCUUCCUCAACAUCAACAGUACCUAGUACUUCACAGGCAUCGUCAACAUCAACAGUACCUAGUACUUCACAGGCAUCCUCAACAUCAACAGUACCUAGUACUUCAGAAUACUUCACAGGCAUCGUCAACAUCGACAGUACUAGUACUUCAGAAGCUUCCUCAACAUCAACAGUACCUAGUACUUCAGAAGGCAUCUCAACAUCAACAGUACCUAGUACUUCAGAAGCAUCCUCAACAUCAUCAACAGUACCUAGUACUUCAGAAGCUUCCUCAACAUCGACAGUACCUAGUACUUCACAGGCAUCCUCAACAUCAACAGUACCUAGUACUUCACAGGCAUCAUCAACAUCAACGCUACCUAGUACUUCACAGGCAUCCUCAACAUCAACAGUACCUAGUACUUCAGAAGCUUCCUCAACAUCGACAGUACCUAGUACUUCACAGGCAUCCUCAACAUCAACAGUACCUAGUACUUCACAGGCAUCAUCAACAUCAACGCUACCUAGCACUUCAGAAGCUUCCUCAACAUCAACAGUACCUAGUACUUCUCAGGCAGCGUCAACAUCAAUGCUAACUAGUACUUCAGAAGCUUCCUCAACAUCAACAGUACCUAGUACUUCACAGUCAUCGUCAUCAUCAACAGUACCUAGUACUUCAGACGCUUCCUCAACAUCAACAGUACCUAGUACUUCACAGGCAUCGUCAACAUCAACAGUACCUAGUACUUCAGAAACUUCCUCAACAUCAACAGUACCUAGUACUUCACAGGCAUCGUCAACAUCACCAAUAGUUAGUACUUCAGAGGCAUCCUCAACAUCAACAGUACCUAGUACUUCACAGGCAGCGUCAACAUCGACAGUACCUAGUACUUCAGAAGCUUCCUCAACAUCAACAGUACCUAGUACUUCACAGGCAUCGUCAUCAUCACCAGCAGUUAGUGCUUCACAGGCAUCGUCAACAUCUACAGUACCUAGUUCCUCAGUUUCAUCCACAACAUCAACAGUACCUAGUUCCUCAGUUUCAUUGUCAUCAUCAACAGCACAAAGUACUUCAGAAGCAUCGUCAACAGCAACAAUAUCUAGUUCCUCAGUUUCAUCGUCAGCACCAACAAUAUCAACAGUAUCUAGUUUCUCAGUUUCAUCCUCAACAUCAACAGUUCCUAGUUCCUCAGUUUCAUCGUCAGCAUCAACAGGACCAAGUACUUCCGAGGCAUCGUCAACAUCAACAGUACCUGGUACUUCAGCCACAACAUCAACAUUAGCUGGUUCCUCAGUUUCAUCUUCAACAUCUACAGCUCCUAGUUCCUCAGUUUCAUCGUCAUCAUCAACAGCACAAAGUACCUCAGAAGCAUCGUCAACAUCAACAGUGCCUGGUACUUCAGCCACAGCAUCAACAGUACCUAGUUCCUCAGUUUCAUUGUCAACAUCAACAGGACCAAGUACUUCCGAGGUAUCGUCAACAUCUACAGUACCUAGUUCCUCAGUUUCAUCCUCAACAUCAACAGUACCUAGUUCUUCAGUUUCAUCCUCAACAUCAACAGUACCUAGUUCUUCAGUUUCAUCCUCAACAUCAACAGUGCCUGGUACUUUAGUUUCAUCCUCAACAUCAACAGCUCCUAGUUCUUCAGUUUCAUCGUCAGCACCAACAAUAUCAACAGUACCUAGUUCCUCAGUUUCAUUGUCAACAUCAACAGGACCAAGUACUUCCGAGGCAUCGUCAACAUCUACAGUACCUAGUUCCUCAGUAUCAUCAGCACCAACAAUAUCAACAGUACCUAGUUCUUCAGUUUCAUCCUCAACAUUAACAGUACCUAGUUCUUCAGUUUCAUCCUCAACAUCAACAGUACCUAGUUCUUCAGUUUCAUCCUCAACAUCAACAGUGCCUAGUUCUUCAGUUUCAUCGUCAGCACCAACAAUAUCAACAGUACCUAGUUCCUCGGUUUCAUCUUCAACAUCAACAGCUCCUAGUUCUUCAGUUUCAUCCUCAACAUCAACAGUGCCUAGUUCUUCAGUUUCAUCCUCAACAUCAACAUUGCCUAGUUCUUCAGUUUCAUCCUCAACAUCAACAGUUCCUAGUUCCUCAUUCCUCAGUUUCAUCCUCAACAUCAACAGUGCCUAG